UUUUAAAAACAAGAAUGCUUCCAUUAAAUUGCAAAAUCUUCAAAAAUAAUUCCUCCAUCAAUGGCAGAGGCCAAUUGCUCUCUGCUACAGGAAAACUAUCUCUUUGAUCUCAAACCGUUGAUUUUCUCUCAGUUCUCUGAUUCUGAUAAUACCCAACUCCUACCGCUCACAACAGAGAGUUUUGUCAUGGAAAGAGGCCCUAGAUAUGAAGCUUAUUCUGAUAUGAGAGAAAAGAAGCUAAGAUCAAAGAACUUGAUUGAAGUUCAAAAAACCCCAGAAAAAGUAGAAGUGGAAAAGAAUCAAAAUAAAUCUGUUUCGAUUUUGACUCCACCAAAGAAGCAGGUGAAAUUCCAGGGGAAUGUGAAUUUCACAACACCACCAAAAAGGCCAAAAGAAUCAUCUACUUUAACCCGAUCUGUGCCUGAUUUUUCAUUCGCCUUACGGAAGGAGAACCGGAAGCCAGUGGCUGCGCUGCCACCAGUAAUGGAGAGGUCAGUGACGCCACCAAUGGCCGGGUGGAAGAAUGGGAAAGUGGGAGGAGGGAGUAAGUCUGUGAAUUCUGGGGAGAAGAAAAGUGAUGGAUUGAUGAGUAGGAAAAGCUAUGCAAACAUGGAUGAAUUAAAGGGAUUGGCUGCUGCUGCAAGGAAUGGUAUUAAUGGAGGAGGAAGGAUUUCUAGAGGUGUUGGUAAGACUGUUUUGGGUUACAGACAAUUCUAAAUUGAGCACUUAUCCGUUGUCAUGGAGAGAUUUAUUGAUCUUUCUUGUUUGUCUUUAGUAUGAUUUUUGCUGAUUACUUGGAAGAGUGGUUUUGAUUUUAUCCUUCUAUAAAUACUGUUAUAGAGAAUUGGCCCUUUCGAUCUGAUAGUAUUACUACCAUCUCGAAAAUA